AACACUCCCCAAACCUAGGAUGCAAUGAAAAGAGUCAUGCGAGCUAGAUUUGUUCCUUCAUAUCAUGCACGUGAUUUGCUGCACAAAUUGCAACAACUUAGACAGGGAAACAAAUCUGUAGAGGAGUAUUAUCAAGCUUUGCAAACAGGAAUGCUUCGUUGUGGAUUGGUAGAAAAUGAUGAUGCUGGUAUGGCUAGAUUCAUGGGUGGGCUGAACCGAGAAAUUCAGGACAUUCUAGCCUACAAAGAAUAUAAUUCAAUUAAUCGUUUGUUUCAUCUUGCUUGUAAAGCUGAAAGGGAAGUACAGGGACGAAGAGCUAGCUUCAGGACUAACAUUUCUGCAGGUCGUGCUAGCUCUUGGACAUCUUCUAACGCUGCUGCACCGUCAACUCGAGCAGCAGCACCAUCGUCCUCAAGCAACAAGCUGCGUCCCUCUACAACAAACUCUACACCAUGCCCGAGUGAACCAACAAGAGGGGUUGCUGCUACACCUUCCAAGAGCUCAUCAUCAGUAGCUUCAUCAGGAAGAACAAGAGAUAUUCAGUGCCUACGCUGCAAGGGCUAUGGUCACGUGCGCAAGGACUGCCCAAGCACUCGUGUAAUGAUUGUGAGAGCUGAUGGUGGGUACUCCUCCGCUAGUGAUUUAGAUGAAGAAACCUAUGCUUUGCUUGCAACUAACAAUGCAGGGGAAGGUGACGCGCCCCACCAAGAUGAGGAACACAUUGGGGCUGAAGCUGCAGAGCACUAUGAGAGCCUCAUGGUGCAGCGAGUGCUAAGCGCACAAAUGGAAAGGGCUGAACAGAAUCAGCGCCACACCUUGUUUCAAACCAAGUGUGUGAUCAAGGAACGCUCUUGCCGCGUGAUCAUAGAUGGAGGAAGCUGCAAUAAUUUGGCUAGUGCUGAAAUGGUGGAGAAACUUGCAUUGAGCACACAGCCACAUCCACAGCCCUACUAUAUUCAAUGGCUUAAUAGCAGCGGCAAGGUAAAGGUAACACGAUUGGUAAGAGUACAUUUUGCCAUUGGUUCUUAUCAUGAUUCAAUCAACUGUGAUGUUGUGCCUAUGCAAGCAUGUUCUAUGUUAUUAGGUAGGCCAUGGCAGUUUGAUAAAGAUUCUUUACACUUUGGCAAAUCCAAUCAAUACUCCUUUGUGCAUAAUGGAAAAAAACUUGUGUUACAUCCUAUGUCUCCUGAAGUUAUUUUAAAGGAUGAACUUGCUAGAGCUAGCAAACAAAAAAAUCAGGAACGUACUAGGAGUGAGCAUCUUAUUGCGGCUAAUGAACUUGAGAAGCAUAAGAAGAAACCCACCAACUCUGUUCAAAAUAAUAAAAAUGAGAUUAAGCUGAAGGGAUCUUGUUUCAUUGCAACAAAAUCAGAUUUGGAUGAAGUUGACACUGACACUGUUGUUUGCUAUGCUUUGGUUUGCAAAGAAACCUUAUUUCCAAUUGAGGAUACUCCUAUUUCUUUGCCUCCUCCGGUCACUAACCUUUUGCAGGAGUAUGCUGAUAUUUUCCCAAAGGAGGUUCUACCGGGGCUGCCCCCAAUUCGAGGGAUUGAGCACCAAAUUGACCUCAUUCCUGGGGCCUCUCUACCAAACCGUGCGCCAUACAGGACCAACCCGGAGGAAACAAAGGAGAUUCAGCGUCAAGUGCAAGAGUUACUCGAUAAGGGGUAUGUACGUGAGUCUCUUAGUCCUUGUUCUGUCCCCGUGCUUUUAGUUCCUAAGAAAGAUGGCUCAUGGCGCAUGUGUGUGGAUUGUAGAGCAAUUAACAACAUCACAAUCAGAUAUCGUCAUCCUAUCCCUAGGCUAGAUGAUAUGCUUGAUGAAUUGAGUGGUUCACUUGUGUUCUCUAAAAUUGAUUUGCGUAGUGGUUACCACUAGAUUCGCAUGAAGUUAGGAGAUGAAUG